GUGCUCACACAGCUGGGCAGCAGCAGAAUUAUAGGGUUGCAACCCAGAGUCUCACUGCAGAAUAUACUGAUAACUACAAGUCUAGCAAGGCGAGCAUCUGCGCUAACCUGGAGAGCGCAACAAGAAUGAUCAGAUCGUCCGGAUCCGAUAGCUGUUCAACUCGCCCAGUUUCGAGCUGGGCCGGUGCCGGAUUGUCGGUGCUUGUAGGGAAACGAAGGCUGUAGAAUAAUUAUUUGCUUGGAGCUGAGUUCAUUCUGCAGCACGCACGCAGCUUGUGCCACGUCACGAGUGGUUUUGACUAACUCCACAGCAUGGAGCGGGAGCGCAACUCUUCGUCGCCAGUUGACAUUGCUCGUAGAAGAGAACCAUCAUCCUCGGUUUUCCGUAAGCCAUCUGGACAGGAGUAACGCACCGGACGCCGGAGUGCAGGCAGAGUCGAAGGCGGUGGUGGACUGCUGCUGAUUCAGCGCUGCGGUGCGCGGCAGCAUGGCCACUGGUGGGAUUCUCAAUCACUCCACGUUUCUGCCGUGUAAACUGCUGUUGUACGGUCCGGUGGGCACGGGACGUCGCACUCUCAUCACGCGCCUGCUGGAUGGGCGGUGUUUGUCUGACUGGAAGGUGGAAGACAAGAACUUGGUGAAUAUCAGCGGGGAGAAUGCGUUGGCAAUGGGGCCUAUUCCCCUCUGCGGCACCACCGUACAGCUCAUUUGCCUGAGAAACCCGAAAAUCGAGCAGCACCUGGAUGCUGGUGCAGUGGUAAUACUGUACGAUGUAACAGAUGAGCAAUCUCUCAAGUAUGCACAUCGAUUUAUUCUGGAGAUCCAGCACUCGGCGCCGUCAAUGCCGGUGUUACUGGUUGGCAACAAGUUAGACUUGCAGUCUGACACAACUCUGACAAUGGCAGCUGUUCAGGCUCAGUUCUCACCACAGUGGUCCAAUGUCCAUCGUCACUUCCAGCUCAGUGCUAUGCACGGUCAUGGCAUGACUGGGUUUGUAGCGGCAGCAAUAGCCAUUCCAUUCCUCAAAGCACAGCAUACAAAGUUGUCGCAUCGAAGCAUGGAUUGGAACGUUGUUGCUGAGCAGGCUAUGCUGUGGGCGUUUGAUCACAGUAUGGAUUCCCUGGUGAGCUACCUGAAGAGCGCCGGCAUGCGUCUAUCAGCCACUGUCAUACAGCUGCACGCCGCUGCUGUUGAGAAACAUCUGCAUCGCGUCAAGCCCUGGAGAGCCAUUAAUGUAGCUGCAACGCAAUGCGGCAAGCCUUGUCGGCGCAUUUGGAAGUCGCUGUUGACACCGAAAAAGCCCGAGGAGAACGAGGACGAGAUGAGCGACGAAGAGAAAGAGAUAAUGAUGGCUAUGAUGAACGGUACGAUACUGGUACACGAACAUAAGUCACCUGCAACUGAUGGUGAUCCGUGGCAGGCAAUCGACGUGGACAGUGACGGCGAGGAUGUGCGCGGUGGCAAUCCGGAUAUGGGAUGCUGUGUCCAGUGGAGCAGGAUGAUGCUGGAAACGUUUGUAUCGUCAUGGCUGACGCAGUCGUGUACGGCGCUUGGCAGUGAAGUCAUCACGCACCUCAGCCUCUCGCACAACUGCCUGACGUUCAUUCCGCUGGAGGUGUAUCGCUUGCCGUCGCUCGUCUGCUUGAUUGCAUCCAACAACUACCUGACUGAGAUUCCCGACGGGGCGCAGUGGGCUCGCCUCUCCAAGCUGCAGUUCUUGGAUCUCAGCUGCAACCGUAUCGUUCACACUGUGGAUAAUGGUGCUGGGUUGAUGCGCAGUGCGGCCCCUACCCAGCGGAGAGAAGCAUUCAUGGCAUCUUCCAUCAGUCCAUCCAGUGGUCCAAGGCUCAAGCCAGGAGACCUUACCCAGAGCCUUGCACCUGGUGCUGUAUCGCCAAUGUUAGUGUACGAUGACCCGCGCUACAGUCUAGCACCGCUGCUCUGGUUCAUGGAUUUGAGUCGUAACAAGAUACGGCAGCUUCCAGCCUGGAUUCUACGACUGCCUAGCCUGUCCUGCCUGGAUCUCUCCUAUAACCGACUACAAGACCUACCUUCGAGUUUGACGGCACUGACUUCGCUACAGGAGCUACGCGUGACCGACGUGGCCAGCAUCCCACAGCACAUUAUCAGUAGUGGCAGUGCGUCGUUGCUUGGCCACCUCGGCCUCACGCACAAUCAAGUCAUGUCACCCAGCAGCCCUACCAGCAGUGCAAGCAGCAGCAGCAGCAGUGCUGAGGAACGGCGCCUUCAACUGGUUGUGUUUGGACCGGAAGGCUCUGGCAAAUCCACACUGGUACACAAUCUAACUGGGAAGAAGUUUGAGGAGACGGAUUCUUCAGCUCAAUAUCUGACUUACCAACGCUGGCUGCUCAACUCACCGGACAGGCUGCGCUUCUUCAAACCCGGAGUGCAGGUAGACCUGUGGGACUUCAGUGGAAAAGAGUUGGUGCGUCCCCUGCACUCGUCCCUGGGAUCGCGCUACGCACUGCACCUGGUCGUGUGCAGCAUGGUCGACGUACGGCAGAGCUGCCAGAGCAUGGCGCGCUACCUGGUGCAGCUGCAGACCCUGCACAGCGGAGCCCUGCUCGUGAUCGUGGUGUUCACUCACUACGACCAGUGCGGGCCCAACAAGGCGGUGCGCGAGGCACACAAACGCCAAUGCCAACAGUGGUUGGCCAGAAUUCAGGAUGAGGACAUCCCCUGCAUGGACGGCAUUCUGUGGCCAUCGACAUGUCGGCCACGUAUCCUCGGUGGUGUGUUUGUGUCCACACCGAAAGGCACUGGAUUGGGUGAGCUUCAGUCGAUGAUCUACAGCACAGCUCUGGAACUGACGUCACCCCAGCCAACCAGUGGACCCGGCCAUCGCAUUGCCUUGCCCAAACACUGCAUCGCCACGGAGAAGGCAAUCACGGCCUGGAGGUCCAGUGCGGAGGGCUACUCCGCUCCUAUGCUCGUCUGUGCCACAGAUCUAUGGCAGAAACUGCACAAGAAGGAAAUGCUGAAGCUUGCUCUGAAUGAGUUCAUCAAUGCGUUGACACUGCUGGGAACGCUUGGCCUGUGCACGUUCUUUCCGCCGACAGCCAACUCGUCACACACCACCGGCGUACUAGUCCUUGACCAGCACAAAAUGUGUAACAUGCUGGCCGACGUGCUACGCUUGACUGACAAGAUAUCCCGUGCCGCCGACGACCCAUCGGGCAUCUUCACACAGGCCGACCUGGCUAUGAUUCUGACCGGCUAUUUCACCAAGGAGGACGAUGUCGACGAUAGGCUGCCCUGGCAGUACCUCUCCGUGAUCGAGUCGGUGAAUAUCUGCACGCCGCUCUCCAACGGCACGAUCUUCACGCCAUCGGGGCUGGCUGUACGCUUUGCCGACGUGUCUGCACCACUCGUUUGGAGUGAACGAUCAGUAGCGCGGCUGUUCUGUGUGCCCUGCCUGUCACCCAUCUUCUGGAGCUUGCUUCUGCAGCAGCUGGCUUGUAAGUUGGAGUACGUUGGCUUCUUGUACGCCACACUGCCGGAUAAGGAAUUGGCCGAACUGCUAAGCGGCAUGCAUCGCAAGGCCAUCUUCUGGCGAACGGGCUGCCUGCUGCGGAGUGAAGGCUACCAAGCCCUAGUGCGUGCUACUCCCCAGCGUGUACACUCGCCUUUGUCUAGCCCCAAGCCAAGUAGGGGAUCAGUGGAUGAUAACUCAGAACCGGCCCUGAACUACAUUGAUGUGCUUGUAGAGGCAUCGGAGAACUUUGUCUCCGUCAAACUCCUGCAAGUCAUCACUCAGGCCAUUGUAGAUACCAUCAAGUUGUGUUCUCGUAAUGUGGCGCUGGUGGAGACCAAGGGAGUGCUGGAGUGCUUGCUGAUAUGCCCAGCAUGUCGAGGCUCCACGCCGCUACAGCACUCUCUCUUGGGCGACGUGUACGCACGCUCAAUGUACCACUUUACUCUGCCGUUCUGUAUCAUGGCGCUAGAUGCGCAGAUGGAGGACAACAAACGCCGACGCCUGUCUUCCUCUGCAAAGUCUAACGACAUUCAGGGCAAGCUUGGCUGUGCCAAGAACCGUGUCCUUGUGCCAUUGAAGAUGCUUAUACCCGACGUGCUCUGUGAGGACCUGCGCGAAAUUCUCACACCCACCAACCCAUUGGCAGGAGCAGUGGGAAGCUCUGUAGCACAAGCUGGCAGGGUCUUUGCCUCUCUGCCGAGAAUCGUCAACGGCAAGAUUGUGGCGUCCGAUCAGACAAUGUCGAGUAAAGUGUUCACGCGGCGUUUCCCGGUGAUGCCAUCCUCCAUGGCAGUGGACUACUUGCUCCAGCCUUACAAUGAGUUGAGGUGGAGGACGGAGACACUUCUUCUCGUCGAAAGGGAAGGUCUUUGCCCUCGUCCUGGCUCACUGGUUGGUCACCCGCCCAUCUUACGCUUACCUGCGCCGUUCAAGUGCUCGCUAGCUGGUCAGAUUGAGCGCACUGGUAGGGGCUUCAAGCGGCAGCAUGCGCAUUCCAUUGGACAUCAGUUGGUCAGCGGUCUGCAGUACCUGGUCGGCAAGGGUGUGGUACACUGCAGUCUCACCGUCGACUCCAUCCACAUCCACGACGGCCGGACGCUGAAGAUCUGCCUGUCGGACUCCGGACUGCGGCAACUGCAGUCCAACGAUGAUGUGCAGGAAAUGUUCAUACAGCUGGGAGUAGUGCUGUACGAGGUAGUCAGUGGCGAGCGACUCCUGUGCGGAAUCCUCAACACGAAGCAGCUGGUGCGUGCGUUUCGCAGCAAGCGACUGCGGCCGAGCUUGGACGAGCUCAUGCUGGACAUCUUUCCGCUGCCCAAGGAAGAGGAUGAGGUGAGCGACAGGCAGGGUUUGCAGCCACACCAUCAGCCGCGUAUGAGAUCCGACACGACGUCAAGCAUCGUGACACCAACAGGUCGCCGCUGCAACAGCGACGGAACGCACCGACGCCGGCGUCAGGAACGUGACCAUAACAACGUGCAGCGCUGGAGGUCCAACAGCGAUGUGACAAGAGUGACACAGGUGGAUAUCGAUCGCCUGCUCUCAAGCUGCUCUAAGCUCUGCAUGCAGUCCGUCAUGGAGAAGUGCUGGUCGUUAGCCAAUCGCCAGCAGAUAUGCGCUGACGAUGAGUUUGAUCAUUUGAGGAGAAUGCUGGCUCUAUGCUGUGCUGCAACGCAAUGGUCACCGGCCUGCUUGGAUCAUCACAUCACUGCUGCGGCGCACUAUUCCAGUAAGAAGACCUUAGUGUGGGCAACUGGUGUCCCGCGUAUUCAACUUGGCCGACUCGACUUGGUCAACGGUGUGUCUCAGCCGCAGCCCAUAUCCUUCAUACCUGAUACCAUGCCUCAUCUUCGCCGACGACACGUGGCUGUGCGCAGCGAGGAGCGCGUAACAAGCAUAGCCAUUGCCGAGACGGCACAACAGAUAUGGGUGGGCGUGGAGCGCAACACAUCCGGUGCUGUUUACGUUUUCAGCUGCGUGACGCAGGAGAUCAUCGACUCCAUCGACUUUGAAGAGGACUGUGACUCUGCUGUACUGACAGUGUUGGCUGUUCCACACCCACGACAGGCAGCGGAGAACAAGGCUCUGAACACGCUGCAGCAGCAGCAGCAGCAGUUAGUUCUGGUCGGUAUGGCAUGCGGUUAUGUGCUAGUCUUCCAAGCCACGGCCGGUCAGGAUGGUGAGCAGUCAUUACCCUUGAGGCACUGUAUCUGCAGGCUGGAUACCAAGACAGGUCAACCCUGUAUGGUGCUGGCCAACGGGCCAACGCCAGCCUCCGUAGUCUGUAGCUUCGGCAAUAGCAUCUUGCUGCUGGACGUGCCUGAAAUCUUGCAGCUGUCGAGCAGCAGUGGCAAGCCUGACUACCCGCGCUGUGUUAAAACACAGUACCUGAAGAACACACGCACGCUGGCCAGCAUACUGGUGGACGAUAGCGGUAAGCCUCUUCUCGACCGGCAGUACCUGCGCCCGGGCAUCGUCAAGAUGGAGAGCAGCUCGCACGGCGUGUGGAUGAUGCAGCGGCACAGCAACCUGGUGAUGCUGCUGGAUAGCAGCCUGUCACGCUGUAGACUCAUUCUCAACUACAAGGAAGUUGCUGGCAUCGCGGAUGUGGUGGAGGCAUAUCUACUCUGCAUGGCAGUAACUGGGCCAAUGCUGUGGCUAGGUACCCGUGGUGGUCACAUUGCUGUGAUCAACAUAGCCAGAGCUCUGGCAUUGUGGAAUGGCAGAGAGGUCGUGGAUGAUGUGUCAUGCCUAAUGGCAUUGCGUCAGCCCUUGCCCGGAUGCCGUGUGAUCAGCCUCACCGCACUGGCCGAUGGUGCACUGUUAUCUGCGGAUGCUGGUGGCAAUGCACAGGCGGUAUGCUGCAUACAGCGGAGACUGAACAACGCACCAGAGUCGGCUGCAGCGUGCGUUGGCGUGUUCAUCAUCGACGUUGCCGUCGACAUGUUGAGCAUUGGUAAAUGAGCAAGCGUGUACGUGCGCGUGCUUGUUGGUGCGGAUGUCGGUCACACGCUUAUAUCUGCGUUUCACUCGUACAUCUGACGUGAGGACGAAACAGUUCUGUCCGCAGAUUCCUGUGAGCUACAUGUAGCCGUUUGGUAAUGAUGUUGAAAUGCAGCUUUGCAGAUCUCUGGCCACUUGACAAAAUCAUGCUUGACUGCUUCACUGCCUCAUGCGCCAAAGUCAAAUGCAGUUCUUGCUGGAACUUGAUCCAUUGCUGGCUUGCCAUGAGUAGCUGUCACCCGUGGACGCGAUGCCGUUUGGCAGUCGUUCGUGCAGUGCCACUGCCCAUACCAGCUUCUUCUAUGCAGUUUUGAGUAACCACCAUUGUACUGUCCACUGGUGUUGGUGCAAGACUGAAUAUUGUGAACAGAAUGUACAAGCGUGAGCUCCCACGUAGGGAGCAACACACAAUUCCAGAAUGUACAAUGUGUAUGAAAUUAAUUCAUUAUCUUUUCUAUCCCUAGUUUUGAGGCCGAAACAACGGUCAAAAGUCCGAUUGAUUCUACACAAUUUGGCCUCUUCAUCGCUAUCAUGAAAUUAUUGUCUCCGAAAUGGCUAAAUCACUACUUUUCAGAUUGAUCCUCGUCCGUAUUUUGAUUUUGACCCACAGUCACAUUCUAUGUUAUAUGCUCUCUUAGGUAUGGCUCAUGAUUGAUCUAUGUUAUAUGCUCUCUUAGGUAUGGCUCAUGAUUGAUCUAUGUUAUAUGCUCUCUUAGGUAUGGCUCAUGAUUGAUCUAUGUUAUAUGCUCUCUUAGGUAUGGCUCAUGAUUGAUUUCAUCCUACACUCUAGUAUAAUAUCAAGUGUGCUGGACACACUUUUAAAUCAUGCUUGGAAAAGUCAGAGUGGUUAUCUUUAGAGAAUUACAUUACACUAAAGCUUAUGGAGUGAUGGCUUGCAUAAUUUUGAUUUCUAAAGUAUUUGAAACUAGCCGACCUUGACUUUCUUCAUUAUUCCCGUGAGUAAAUUCUAAUUUUUCUCCGCUGAUUCAGUGUCAUUGCAUGUUUAUUCUAUUCUUCUGCCUCAAGUAUAUCUUGCGUAAUCAAAAUUGAUUUUCUUUUUCUUUUUUCCCCUAGUACAUAUCAUUUGUACGGGAAAAUUACACAAUGAAUGCAAUGCUCCUACUUAAUGUAAUGAAAACAUAUAAUUGA